GCCCGAACAACUUCAGCCAUAAGUCGGCGAUUAAUUCGAUAAUAAAAAAAAAACAAACAAAGUGUUGAAAGACAUGUUCACGUGACGCGUUCGAAACGUCCGAUUCGCGCUACGACGUGGUGCAGACCUAUGCUCAAAACCGGUGCUCAAAUAAUGACUGUCCAAAAUUUGGAUCGGCUGGACACCAUGCAAAACAUUAGCGAUAAAGCGGGCAACGACGCCCAGCAAUCCGGCAAAAACGGACACAUUAGUUUCAGUGUAGCCUCCCUGCUGGCGGACACCAGGCCAUCGAAGUCCGUCAGUCCGAAUUCCUCCACAGUGCAAUCUUCUAGUCCGACGCACCAGUCCACCGACGAUGAGUACGAUUCGAACCAGGAGGAUUCCAUCGUCGACGUGGAGGAUUUGCAAGCGGAGAAGAGCGAGGAUUCGCCGUCGAAGGAGGCGGAUUUCAACAGGGACAGGGAGCAGAUUUUGGGGCCCGGCCAGGGGCCCAUUCGGCCCACGCCGUUCUCCGCUCUGGCGGCGGCCGUUUAUCAGGCGGCCCAUCCGAAUUGGCCCCACCAAGGUAUGGUCAAUCCAUUCGGACCCAGCCCUAUGUUCCAGAACGCCUCUCCCUUCGGCGUGCCAGGAAUCAAUCCAGUCGAUUCCAACGGGGAACCACCAAAGAUAAAAUGUAACUUAAGGAAGCACAAACCAAAUAGGAAACCGAGGACCCCUUUCACCACGCAGCAGCUGCUCGCUUUGGAAAAGAAAUUCCGCGACAAGCAGUAUCUCAGCAUAGCGGAAAGGGCCGAAUUUUCCAGCUCGUUAAGGCUAACAGAAACACAAGUGAAAAUCUGGUUCCAAAACCGCCGAGCCAAGGCGAAACGACUCCAAGAAGCCGAGCUGGAAAAAUUAAAAAUGGCCUCGCUGUCUCGCCACCCCCAUCCCCUGUACCCGCAUCCAGCCCUGCAGGGAUACUUCGCGCCCGGGACGCACCCCCUGGCGUCGCUACUGGGCGCCAGGCCGCCGAUGGGCCCCCUCGGGCUCAUGCCCCAACAUCCGCCUCCACAUAUGGCCUCGCCGCAGGAGAACAUCAGAUCGCCCAGUCCGCAUAUGAAUUAAGAAAUGCCGAAUUGUGGGGUAACUGUGCUGUGUUCGCGGUGAUUUUUCGACGUAUUUUUGGAGUGCUCUCUCUAAGUAAAGCCAGUGCGUUCGAGUGGAUUCGAGUAAAUCGAUUUCUCUAUUGAUUUGAUACAUUGUGUAAAUGUAUUUAGGAGUGUUGUUUAACAGGAAGAUUAUACGUUUAAUGAGCCCAUCACUAUCGAUGUCAAUUUAGUUUUUAUGACGGUGUAAAGAUCAGAAUAUACUGUUACAUUAUUGAUAAAAUUUAAUUUUAUGGAAACGUUUAUUAGACCAUUAUCAAGAAACUACAAUUUAUUACAAAAUUGAUAAUUAACACUUUUGCGAUUUAGGACGAGAAUUGGUUUUUAAUGUCGAUUUUACGAGAAAUUCUCUAGUCAUCAAUAACGCUUAUGAUACGAUGUAUAAUUUUCGUUAUCCCAUUUGGCAAAUAAUUUAAUUUUUAAUUACUUGACACAUGUAUUUAUCACUUUUGAUUGGAUAAUUAAUUAGAACAGAGGUCAGUACACAAUCGAAACACAACAACCGAUGCUGUCAUAAGCGUUUCGAGAGAGAAUUAUCAUUUUUUUUAUUCGAAAUCUCGCUAAUUAGCUCUCGAAAUCGUACUUAAUUAUAGGAACGGGAUCGUUAAUGCGUAUCGUAUUACAAAAUUAAUUGCUGUAAUAAAUGUGUUUGUUUUCUUUUAAUUUUUGAAACAAAUUAAUUUCCUUUAUCGAAAAAGUAAUUCAAUAAAUUACGCACCCCGGGGUUAUCGGCGGCUAAAAUUGAGGUCAAACGAUCAACAUGAUUCAGGAGAAAUGAUUUUCGUUUCGACUUAUCUCCGAGAUUACGAGCCCGAAAUCGAUUUACUCGAAUCGCUUUAACAUUGUAAAUAUUUGUGUAAAAUAUACUUGUGUAUAUACGAAUGUAAAUGUGUAAAUUAUUUGGAUGUAAUUUUAAUUAUGUAUAAAGAGAACUGUAAACAAAAAAAAUUGUAGCAAUCUUUUAGCAUAGAAGCGAUAGUGAUUGUGUCACUUUGGUUUUAUUGAUAAG